AUGGAAAAAUUGCUCGACUAUGCGACAAGUCUCAAGCACUCAAUCGUUGCUCCAGAAGAUACUCCCAUCACUGCCCGCUUCUCUCAAAAGCAGCCUUACAAAAAGGGCAAAUUUCAUUCUUCUCAAUCUCGUCAACCAUCAUAUGGAGGUACCAACAAUAUUUAUCGUGGAAUUCCAGGUAAUUCGUUUCAACAAAAUGGCUCUCGUGGCAAUUAUUCUAGCCCCCAAACUCGACUUGUUUGCCAAUUAUGUGACAAAGUAGGUCAUGUUGCCAAGUUUUGUCGGUCUAGACCUCCACCAUCCAACCGGCCACAAGCGAACCUCGCAGCCCGCUCCUGCACGAGCAACAAUUCGGGUUGGUUAGUCGAUUCAGGGGCUUCUCAUCAUAUUACUUCAGACUUACAAAAUCUUUCCAUUCACUCCGAUUAUGGUGGUAAUGAAGAUAUAAUUGUUGGUGAUGGAUCUAAUUACGUGGGCAUAUUUGGUGCGAGGCCAGAGUAA